AUGGGGGAAAUCACAGAGGUCGACGAUAGCAACCCUCUCUAUAUUGCACGGAUCAACGAGGAGAUUGAGCUAAAGGACGGCAGUCGUAUCCGGGCAAAUGUAUUUCUCCCUCGUUCUGGGGGGCCCAGGUGGCCGGUGUUGAUGUCUUCUUCUCCUUACGGUAAAGAUGUCCCGUUGAUGGAUCGACGAGUUGCUGCCGUUCCGGAAGAGCAGCGUUCUAAGCACACGCGAUUUGAGGCCCCUGUACCUUCAUGGUGGUGUACCAAAGGCUAUGUUCUUGUUUACCACGAUCAUCGAGGUUCAAGUCAGUCUCCAGGGUUCCUGGCACCUUUUAGUAGCCAGCAUUACGACGACUACGCUGAAAUUGUAACAUGGGCUGCGGACCAACACUGGUCAACUGGCAAGGUGGGCCUCACGGGCAUCUCCUAUCUUGCUCUAAAUCAGUGGUUUGUUGCUGCCCGUCAACCCCGAGGGCUCUGUUGUAUCGUGCCAUGGGAGGGCAUGGCUGACCUGUAUCGUGAUGCUACAAGGCACGGCGGAAUUACGUGUACUGGAAUGAACAACUUUUGGUUCGAACGUGCGGUGCGGCCCGUCCAAUAUGGGAAAGGCCGGGAGCUCAGCUUGCACGGCCCUGAUAGCCCUGAAGGAAACCUAACAGAAGAUCAGUUAUCUGAGAACAGGGAAAACUUUCCAGAGUUAGUCCUAAGCAACGAGUUUAUUGAUGACGAGUUCUACAAACGCUGUGGAGCCUGUGAUUUUUCCAAAAUCACGGUUCCUCUCCUGAGUGCUGGAAAUUGGGGUGGGAUUUUGCUCCAUCUUCGCGGUAAUAUACUUGGUUGGAUGCGCGCGGGAUCUGAGUAUAAAUAUCUUCGAAUACACACUGGAACGCACGAUGCACCAUUCUACUCCUCGCCUGCAAUGGAUCUUCAGCUGUCAUUCUUCGACUGUUGGCUGAAGGGUGACGACUAUGGCGGCUGGAAGACUGGAAAACAAGCGCCUGUUUCAUUUGCUGUACGGAAAGGUAAUCCCGGUAUCGCAGCCGUAGAUGAGAAGGAAGCUUUCAAAUACCGCGACGAGAAAGAGUGGCCGCUUGCCCGUACCGUCUAUAAACAGGUUAACCUAACACACAAGAAAGAACUGAGGGAAGAGCUACAAUCUGGAAGUGUAAGUCUGCUGUCCGUAUCUCGAAUCAGACAAAACUUACAAUUUUUCCCUAGUGGAGAGAGGAUCCUAUUCAAAUCUGCCCCUGCCGAGGAAGCGUAUGAAAUAUGUGGCCAUCCCAGUGUUAUGCUCUCGAUGUCGCUUACCAAUCACCCUCAUGACGACUUCGCCGACAUCGAUGUUUAUCUGGCACUGCGUAAAUUUGAUGCGGAGGGGAAAGAGGUUUUCUACACUUCCAGCCUCGGAACACCACAGGCAGUAACCUUGGGCUGGGUACGCGCCUCACACCGCACACUUUCCCCCAAACCGUAUCCCGAGAUUGAAGGUGAGCUUGCAUGGCCGACCCUCAGUCACCGGCGAGAUGAUGUAAAAAGGGUGAGACCUGGCGAGAUAUAUGAACUUCUAACAGAGCUUUGGCCAACCAACCUGGCUGUCGAGAAGGGAGAGACCAUUGCCCUCGAAGUAUCUCCUAAAGAUGUCGCUGAGUCGGGUCUCAAUACGACCAAUGACGCCCUGUACCGAUCAGAAGCGAAGCUUGGAGGUAAUAAUAAUAUACACUUCGGGUCACAAUACAAGAACUAUCUGGUCUUGCCUGUAGUGUAA